CGAGGGAAGACAAUCAAGGGGUUACACGUGGCUUGGUAUAUAAAGGAACAAGUGCAGAGGAGAAGGCAUCUCAUUCCUUCCCCAAGUGUCACAGCCACCAUGUCUCUUAGUAGCAGAAUUUGGAUUUCGGCACUAUUUCUUGUGGGGACCAUUUGGUGGGUGAACGGAGCUGCUGUCCCAAGUUUGUCUGGAAAUUUUCAGCCGCCACCCCAGAGAGAUGGCCCAGAUUCUCAACGCAAUGCAUCAGCACCUGUUCCAGCAGAUUUCAAAACAUUCAAGCCGAUGGAACCAACACGUCCAAAUAGUCCGAACCUUCCGCCACCACCUCAACCAUUUGGGAUCAACUCUAACAUGCAAAUGCCUCCCCAAACUCCGCCACAAGGCUUCUUCAUGACUCCUCCAUCUGGAUUCCGACCUGGCAUGGUAAUGAUGCCUCAACCUACGAUGUUUCCGCCAAUCAUGAACGCGCCAAAUCAGCAACAAGGACAGACACAACAAUCCAAGUUGACCAAUUCUACCAUGAUGCAAUUCGCUCCACCAUUAAGCAGCAAUGCCACUCGGCUAAACAACAACACACGUCGGGAAACGGAACCAUCUGCAGCAACACCUCCAGCAACAACUACAUCGACCACAACUACUCGAAAGCCUUUCCAAGAAUUGCCACUAGGUGCUGACAAACAAGAAUCUGAUGGAUCGAAAAUGAAACAAACUUCCUCUUCCGCGGCUCCACAGUUUGUCCCUGUUAAUCCGUUUAACCCAAUGAUGCAACCACUCAACCCAGCGAUGCAGCAACUCAAUCCAAUGAUGCAGCCAUUUCCGAUGAUGAAUCAACCUCCUCUAUUCAUCGAUCCGAUGGGGCGACUGAUGAUGCUCGUACCAUUCAAUCCUCAGCUACUUCCUCGAGACCCUAAUCAACAACAGGCACUACCUCAAGGACCCCCUAUUCCCAUUCAAGUACCACCGUUCAACCCACAAAUGCAAUUUCAAUUUGCCCAACCUCAACUUCGCCCGGUUAUGGCCGACUUGAACAAGCAAACUCCCCCUCCUCACAUGGGAGACGCAAGCAGCAAGAACGCAACUUCUACAAACUAGUUAAUUUUUUAAAUUUCCAGUACUACUUUCGAAUGGUUAUUGUGGAAUAGCAAACAUGUAAAUCUAAUAUCCAGAUGAAAAAGAGAAUAUAUAUGCUAAAAAGUAA